AUGAUCAAAUCCUUCAAGCAAACAUUUCUGUCCCUGGAUCUGCAGUCCCCUCGGUGGAGCUCAGCAGAGACAACGGCAAAGGAUUAUGAAGUGCAUCAGUACGAAACAGUGAAGUAGGUCAGCAUGGUCAUUAGGGGAGAAACCCAGAAGGAGGCGAUGCGCCAGGGCUUCUGGAAACUCUUCCACUACAUCCAAGGGAAGAAUGAGAAAGAAAUAAAGAUCGAUAUGACUGUGCCAGAGACAUGCCUGAUAAAACCUGGCUGCACAGACUUCAAGAUCUCUUUUUUUGUACCAUUUGAACAUCAGGACUCCCCACCACAGCCCACGGACUCAGAUGUGUUUAUUGAGGAGCGGAAGGCAGCAUCAAUCUUUGUCCGGUCCUUUAGUGGAUUUGCCUCCCCAGAGAAAUAUGCUGAGGAAGCUGAAGUCUUGGCCAGAAUCUUAAGAAACAGAGGCCAACCAUUCCAUCAAGACUUCUUCUAUACUGCAGGCUACGACAGUCCCUUCAAGCUCUUCAACAGGCACAAUGAAGUCUGGUAUUUUAAGAAGUAA